CCCUUGAUUACGUAAACAUGCGCACAACAUUGCACGUUACGGAUAUGACGUCAACGCGCUGUAAUUCAAACUUGAGGAAAUGAAAGCAUCUGCUUAGGAAGCGGUUCUGUCGUUAACAGACUGUUUUCAGAGGAUAUCUCCGUUUUAUUUGUUAUACUAUUCCAGGUUACGGCCUCAGCGCAGCCAUGACUUCUAAAAGUGCCAAAGAGACCAUUGUUGCCAAACUGGGUUUCAAAUCCAGCAGCUGUGCCUCCAAAGCUGAGGCAGAGCUAGAGAAAAUCAGGAAGGAGAACAUUCACCUGAGGAAAAAGAUUGACGAACUGGCCAAACAACACACCAAACCACCUGACUCUGACAAAAACAAGCUGCUAGAGGUAAAGGAAUUGAAAGUGCUAAAUCCAGAGAUGCUCACAAAGGAUUUUUUUUGGUGGAAGGUAGUCAAGUUUUUGUUUAUUUUAUAUUGUGCGUUUCAGGUGGUAACAUCACUGCAGGCCCAGCUAGAGCAGCGGAGGAAGGAGGCAGAGCAGAGAGACAUGCUAUUCCAGAACUUGUCACAAGAGACAGAGAAUCUGAAAAACAAGCUGGUCACUGUUUCUGCUCGGUGCCAGGCCCUAGAAGCACAGGUGAAUGGACAGGUACCUUCUGCAGACUUGGCAUUGGUACAAGAUCAACUGAGAGAUGCUCUCGAGAAAAACCAGCAGUGGCUGGUGUACGACCAGCAGAGAGAGGCCUACGUGCAGUCUACUGUUGCCCGUGCACAGGAACUGGAGCUGCAGCUGGCCCAGGCAAAGCUGCAAGAAACCAAACAAGAGGCCAGUUCACAUGCUCCUGCCAAUUCAGCAGCACCAGAAAAGAAUGCUCAACAUAACCAGUUGCUGUUGGAGGUGCAAAAAGACCUGGAGCUGGAAAAAGAUCAGGUUACCCGAGUACAACAGGAGCUCAAAGUGCAGAGGGAACAGACCCUGAACGCUCAGGCUGAGCUGCAGUCUCAGAAGGAGCAAGUCACCAGGCUCCAGGAGGAGAUUUCAGUUCUGCAGAGGAAGUAUGAAGAGAAGUGUAGUGAGCUGUCCUCCUUUCUGAGGAGGUACGAAAAGAAGAGCAAAGAGGUGGAGGAGGCCAAGAUGCAGCUGCAGGCAGAACAACUCAGCAGCAGACAUGUAGUGUGUGAGGAGAGAAAGGUAUCAUCUGAGCGGACAGACAGGAUGAGAGUGGAGCUGGAGAAUAUGGACAUCAGACUGGAAGAGGAGAGGAAGAGAUCUGCUGGACUUCUGCUGCAGGUGAAUAUGCUGCAAAAGUCUCUUCUGAGCCUAAAUGAAGAACAGACGAGAAUCGCAGCACUGGAGCAGCAGAUACAACUCUCUGCUAAGGACUUUGAGAACGAAAAGAUUGAUCGUCAGAACUUGCAGCACCAGUUACACAAGGUGCUGAAGGAGCUCCGCAAGGCCCGUGAUCAGAUUGCUAACCUGGAGUCUGCUAAACAGCCAAACACCCAUUUUUCAGAGCCCAGCUGCUACAAUAAACUUGAGUUUGACCGUCUUACUAUCGGCGAUCAUCCAGCUCCUGCAUCCCCAUCAAAAGUCACAAACCUCCUGGAUGAAAGUUUCUUGGAGUGUCCAAAGUGUCACGCCCCCUAUCCCACCAGCCGCCACAGGGAGCUCCUGGCACACAUUGACUAUUGCUUUGCCUAAGUUAACACAGUCUAGAUCGGUGGUUUCCAACCUGGGUAUCAGGACCUGGUAUCAUCCAGGACGCAUCAGGCAAGAAGGGGAAAAAAAGAUAAUGCUACAAGCAAAAAAUGACUACUUGUUUAACCUAGUCUGUAAGAGUGGGUAACAAGCUCAAAGGCUGGAAACCACUGCACUAGAUCACAAUACCUGUUCAAGGAUUGUCACCACUGCAGUGCAAGGAAAAAUCUGAAAGCACUCCAUGCAAGUUUGAAGUAACAAUACUGCUGAUCUAUCGUCACUGGAUGUCCCAAGCAUGAUGGUUCAAGAAACAUUCAGUGUCCAAAUCACCUUUUAGUUUCUUUCAUGCUAAGUGAGUAUGACCAUUUUUAAAUUGCCUUAUUGAUGCGUUUACACUUUUCAUGGCUUGUAUGGCCUCCACUUCUUUUUGCCUUUGGAAUGUUAUCAGGCCAGAUACUGAUCACACCAUUUACUUAAAAAGGACUAUUGUGUUUUUCUGCGAUC